GCCUUCAAGCGUUUCAAUCGAAUGAUGGACAUAACCCAGAUAGGAAGACAGAACUGGGACAGAACAAAGCAGGAAUAUUCCCAGAUGCUGCAGAUGCAGACAGACAUUCCAUCAGACACACGGGAGGACAUCAUAGCUAACCUUUCUUCAUAUGUCGGUUUCCCCAAAGUCAUGAAACACUUCUCUCAAGACAGACCUACCACAGAUCCUGUAACAUUUUUCACAUAUCCUCACUCACAUUUCAGAACAGAAAUAGAAAUAUUGUUUAGAAAUGAUGAUUAUUCGUCUGCAAUAAUAUAUAUUUUGGAUUCAGGGAACAAAGUGAAAGACAACUAUCGAUAUAAGUUUGAAAGUGAUGGAAGUGAUGAGAGUGAUGAUGAGUUUGAGUCUCUCUUUCCCGGAGUAGAAACAAAUGAUAUUCCUGAGAUGUUACACAGAUUGUGUGCCACCUAUCUAUGUCAGUCUGGCAACAAUAUUAGUUUCACAGACCCUGUCAUAUAUGACGCCUGUGUGUUUGUUGUUGACAGCAUGUUUCCUGGAUCUCUAUGGAAACGCUGCAAAGUUUUAUAUGAAACUGACAACAAACAAUCUCUCACUGACUUACCGGGUAAAACCAUCUUCAUCUCCCAACACAACACAGACAUGUUUCUGACACAGCUGGUAGAAGACACAAGGAGAGGGAAGUUCAGACACACAUUCAGUCACCCAGUUCUCAGCAGGGAGGACAGCAUAGACAGGUUCCUGACACAGCUCGGGGACAGUUUUGUGGAUGUUCUACAUUUACAGGAUACAGCUGGUUCUUUCACUGGUUCAAGGAGCUUCUUGUACUGGGUCCUACAGUCUGGCAAUGAUUACCUGUGUCAGAAGGUGUUACAGAAACAGGAACUGUCACAGGUACAUGUCAGUGAAGAACUACCUUGUUGUAUCAGACUAAAUGACACCAAGUCCUUCCUGUAUCUACGGCAGCAACUGCUGGGUCUACAGAGGGGAGAUAUCACAAAUACACCAGACUAUACAGAUGAUGAUGGAAACUCUCUUCUUAUGAUGUCUGUGGACAGGAAUAAUGCCAAAAUGGUCAACAUCUUACUGAAAGAUGAUGCAGAGUGUCUGAUCAAGAACAAAGUCGGAAAUUCUGCCCUCCAUCUGGCCUCUUUGAGGGGAUAUACAGAUGUUGUUAAGUUACUGCUUCCCAACAUGGGGGACUGGAAGAAUCUGCCAGGACAGGACUUGAGAACACCUGUCAUGAUGGCUGCACUGAAAGGUCAUGGCCAGCUGUAUGAGUAUCUGGCAGAUGAAGGGAAGUGUGACCUGACUGGUGUUGAUGAUAACGGUGAUACUAUCCUACAUCUGGCAUGUCAGGGCGGUAGUGUCCAGAUAGUCAAACAUCUGAUGUCCAGUAAGCUGUUAGACAUCAACCACAGAGGUCAGUAUGGAAAGACACCUCUAAUGAUUGCAGCAUGCAGAGGCAACAGAGACAUGUUUCAGUUACUUCUGUCACAGAACUGUCACAUCUCUCUUGGGGACUUCAGUAUGUCUGAGACACUCUCUUAUGGACAUGUUGGUGACUGGCUGAACAUGUCACAGUUUCUACGAGCAAGAGAACAUGGCCUGAAUAGGUUCAUGAUGACACACAAGAAACAUUAUAUCUCAAAAUUGAAAUCACACUUAGAGGAGAAAGGAUCGAGCAUGUUACUUGUGGAUGUGAGUGGUCAGAGUCUGCUUCACACAGCAGCAGAAACAGGGAACCUGAAGCUGGCAGAGUUCCUCCUGUCACAGGGCAAGGUUGACAUCAAUACGGGGGAUGCAAGCGGGAGGACUCCAGUGAUGUUAGCAUCAGUUGCAGGACACAGAAUCAUGUUUGAGUUUCUAACUAAAAAACAGUGUGACUUGUCAUUAAAAGAUACAGAGUCACGUGGAGUUCUCCACCACGCCAGUCAAGGGGGACACUUCGGUAUUGUACAUGAUGUGGGAUAUCAGGAUGUAAACAAGACAGACAGAUAUAAUAAAACACCUGUGUCGUAUUGUGUAGAGAGAGGACAUAAACACAUUUUUGACACAUUGUUGAACACAGGGGGAGAUCUGUCAGUUGUAGACACUGACACGAACACACUGCUACAUCUGGCAUCCAAGGGAGGUAACCAGGCUAUAGUGGAGCAUCUCCUGUCAUCAGGGAUGUUUGACAUAAAUGCUGUGAACAGAGACAGGAGAACACCCCUGUUGGUGGCAGCAUACAGUGGACACACAGACAUCUGUCAGCACCUGAUUGUUGUCGGAGCUGAUGUACACAGACUGGACUAUGAUGGGAAUGAUGUGGUACUUGUUGCUGCUCAGACAGGGAAUCUCCAGCUUGCUGAGUGUGUUUUGUCUGUGAAGAAACGAGUUGACUUUGUACAGGACAAACGUGGGAAAACAGCACAGAUGUGGGCAGCAGAGAGAGGGGAUGCUGACAUGUUUGCUCUGAUGAGUAAAGGGUGUGAUGUCUCUGUGAAGGAUGUCAAACAAAACAGCAUCCUUCAUUUCGCUUGCAUAGGCGGCAAUGUAGAUAUAGUAGAAUCUAUUGUUGCACAAGACAAAGACGACUUCAAUGGUAGAAAUAUAUCCCAAGAGACACCAGUGAUGCUGGCAGCAUUGACGGGUCACAAGGCAGUGUUUGACCUACUUGUGAGUAAAGGAUGUGACCUGACAGUGAAGGAUGAGGAUGAUGACAACAUCCUUCAUAAGGCUUGUGAUGGAGGCAAUGUAGAGAUUGUAGAGUACAUUGUCUCUUGUAACAUAGUUGACAUCAACAGUACAGGUUGUGAGGGCAGAACACCAGUGAUGCUGGCAGCGUUUAAGGGAGACAAGGCUGUGUUUGACCUACUUGUGAGUAAAGGAUGUGACCUGACAGUGACGGAUAAAAACAAUGACAACAUCCUUCACGAGGCUUGUGGUGGAGGCAAUGUAGAGAUUGUAGAGUACAUUGUCUCUCGUAACAUAGUUGACAUCAACAGUACAGGUUGUGCCGGAACAUCACUUGAUAUCGCAGAAAAACAACGCAACCAUUCGUUGGUUAAGUUUCUGAAGCAAUUCGGCGCAGUGUGAGAAGUGUGUCCAUUUGUUCCUUGAAAGCCACCUCUGCCCUGACACUUGACAUGCUUGUUCUCAACAAUUUGUCCAAAGGGAUUUCAUCCGGUCCCCAUGCUGACCAUAAUGAAUAAAACCUCUUGUGGUCAAGAUUGUCCGCGAAUCUGAAGUUUGGACCAUUAUUUGACCUUUUGUAUGUCGACCUUGCUCAAUAAUACUCCCCAAUGUCCCACAGGUUCUGUAAACAUCAACUCCUCAAAAAGACAAAACUUAACAUGGAUGGUCUCACAGCGGCGACACCUUACUUUGCUCUGGGGAACCACAUUUUAUCAAGUGUAUUUAUGACCAUACAUGUUUGUGUAAAGUAUGAUAUAUGACGCAACACAUAUGUAGAUAGUAGUGGGACUCUCAUAUAUGUUCCUUUUUUGUUAUAAAAUAUAUACUCACAAGGAAAAGAAACGCA